AAGAAAAAAAUGCUGAUAACAGUAAUAAACGGUAGAGCGUGAUUACUGCUGAUUUACAUAAAGCAUUCCGAUUUCCAUUUUCCGUCUUUCCGACAUUCAUCGUGUAUAGUUUUAUAUGCUAGAAUAUAGACGUCAGCCAUAGACACUCGUUGUGUAUUGUUUUUACCGUUGCUAUUAGCUACGUUGUCGGUUAUAUUGUUACCACCGUUUGAUGCGUUGACGCUUGUCAGUUAUUAUUUUUAUAUACAUAUUUGCUAAUUGCUAAUAUUUCUGGACAGUAAACGCCAUACUGAUAUAGUGAUUAAUGCAGUAGGCAGUCAUUUGUUCGUCGAAGAAAUCUUACUGUCCAUUAAAAGUUUUUGUUCGACAAAAUAUGUGGAAUAUUGUGGAAUUUGAUGACAGUACAGUACAAAUAGUACCAGAUUGCUGGGUAUCUUCUGACCAAAAAACGUGUUACUGGCCUCCAAAUGGACUAUUUAAAUCAAAUACAAACUACCUCAAAGAUGUAAAAAAAUGUGUUUCACCUUCUAUUAAUUGGUCCAUUUACAAUGUACUCUUAGUUCUCGGAAAAUAUGAUAAUUUUGAAAAAGCUUUAAAAAAAUUAAAAAAGGCUGAAGAUCAUACAGAUUUAACAACUGAUGUAGAAAAGGAAAAAAAAAAUCGUAAAAACAGGAAAAAGAAAAAAUAUUCAUCAAGUUCAAGUGAGGAACUAAAUCCAACAAAAAUCAAUAUCAAACCUCUGCCUGAACCACCUACAGUAUCAAAUGUGAAUUUAAAUAAAACAUCCACAUCUAAGUUUCAUAAUUCUAUCCAUCAGACUACAACACCAUCUUUAGCACAUAAUAAACAAAUAGAAUGGUCGACAUUGUUUUAUUCAUCUGAAGAAUCAAUGUCAAGCGAUGGAUCUUUAAGUUCAGAUGAACUAGAUAAAAAUGAAAAUCAAGAAAAUUCAAAAAAUCUUUUGAAUAAUGCCAACGAUGAACAUAAGUCUGACAGUGAUGCAGUAAAUUAUACUCCUACAAUCAAAGCAAAGAGGGCACUUGAAUAUUCAACAUGUGAUACAACAAAAAUAAAGAAUAUGAAGCGAAAAAAAAAAGCAAGCAGUUUAAGUGAUACUGAAUUCAAAAGUUUGGUUUUAAGGCAGCUUGCUGUCAUAAAAGUAAACAUUAAAAAACUUGAUGACCGUAUAAAAAAUCUAAAACAUUCAAAUACUACUAUUUUAUCCAACUCUACUCAGGAAACUAAUCUAAAUGAUUUGAUGGAAGAAUUUCCAAUUAAUACAGAAGAAUCAUUAAAGAAGAUAGAAUUAUCAUUAACUGAUAAAACCUAUAAACUAAACUUGACUGCAGCUCUAAGUAAAUUGGGUGGUUCGAAAACCGACGAAGCUACUAAGUUUAUCCUUCGAAAACUUUUUAGUGACAAACUCGCUAUGACUUAUAGUUGGUGUGGUGGCAAAGGCAAAAGAGUCAUGUCUAGUUUGAAUAUAUCAAGAGUUAUAAUUGAUUCAGUAUUUAAAAUCAUUAAAACAGCGACGGAAGCGGAAAUAAUUUUAAGCAUCAAAAACUGGAUGAGACAUGCCAAGAAAAGAAAUGAAAAUUGUGAGAAAAGAUAUGCAGAUUCCACUGAACAAAUGUCAUUGCCCAUAAAUGAAUGAUCACUUUAUCACAAGUCAAUGUGUAAUAUUAUUAUUAUUUUAUUUUAUUUUUUUUUGUUUAUGCUAAGUCAGCUCACUAUUAAAUAGUCACAUAAGUCAAUGUGCAAUAUUAUUAUUUUAUUUAUUUGUUUUUCUUAUAAUAUGAAGUUAAGUAAUGAAUAUACUAAUAAUCAGUUAAAUAUUACAUAGUCACAUAAGUCAAUGUGCAAUAUUAUAUUAUUUUAUUAAUUUGUUUUUGUUAUAAUUUGAAUUUAGCUAAUAUCAAGUAAUGAGUAAACUAUGUUUUUAUGAUAUAGAAGUAUUAGUGUUAUUAUUUAUUUUUAGUUGUUUUGUUACAUUAUAUGAAUAUAUAAUAUUAUAUGUAUGUUGUAUGUACUUAUAUAAUAUAUAUAAUAUUAUAUGUAUGUUGUAUGUACUUAUAUAAUAUAUAUAAUAAGGUACCUGCAUGAUGUUAAUAAUAUUUUAAAGUUAGAAUAUUUUUACUACAUUGUUAUAUAUUGCUUAUUAAAUAAAGAAUUUAUUUAAAAAAUACAC